AUGACGCCGGCGUGCACGCGAGGGCGCGCCACCGGAACUGCUCCCUGGAGGACCCCCAUCUCUUUCGACCUGCUCGCCUACCUGCGCGAGACCCGCGGGCCCGAGGUCGCCUCCCGGGCAUGGCGUGACCUCGGCGCCGCCGUCUGGGGGACGCUGGCGGCCGCCGCGCCGGCGGCUCCGCCUCGGGCGCGGCCGCCCGGCGGCGAGGUGCUCGACUUCGAGCUCCUCGGAUUUGACGUGCUGCUGGACAGGGGCCUGCGGCCGUGGGUGCUGGAGGUCAACUCACAGCCGGACCUCUCCAGCAGCGGCCCUGGCGGCGGGAUCUGCUACGCGGCUGACCACGGCGUGAAGGCCGCGGUGGUCGCCGACCUGCUCACGCUGCUGCGGCUGCCGUGCGCAGGCGGAGCGGGCGCCGCGGGCGACGGCGCGCCGCCCGCGGCCCGCGACGGGACGGAGCACGGCGGCCGCGGGGGGUUCCUGCGCCGGGCCCGUCGGGCGCGGCGAUCGCGGAUCGGCUCCCAGAGCUUCGAGGGUUCGCCAUCUUCGGGGAAACGAGCAAUGACAUAA